AUGCCUUCAGUUGCAUACAUGAAUCAAUCGGCGCCUUUCUGGGACUUUAUCGCAAGUCUUGAACAGCAAGGCGCCCAUCAAUCUCGCUCUGGCCAGAACCGCGAAGACGGUGCUGAGAACGAGCAAGGUCCUCAGGGACCCCCAGAUCCAUUUGCCCCUUGGACUUGGGGCCAUGGAUUCUUCGGCGGCGGUAGAGGAAUGCCUCAUCACGGUGGUCCUCCCCACACCCGCCAUGAACGCCACCACGAAGAGUCUGCAGGCGAAAAAGAAGCAGAGAUGAACGAUGCAAACGACAACGGAGAGGGCCCAUCUGGUACUUCCGGCUCUGACAACGAAGCCCGUGGCGAAGACCGUUCAAACAGACGAGAACGCCAUGGCCGUUGUGGUGGAGGACCACGCGGCCGCUGUGGACCUGGUGGCCGGGGUGGCUUUGGGCCUCGCCACGGUCCUGGACUACACCAUGGAUUCGGCUCUCACCAUGGCCCUUACCAUGGCAGUCACCGCGGAGGGUGGGGCCCAUGGGGACACGGGGGUCCACAUGGAGGCGGUCCCUUUGGAGGCGGUCCCUUUGGUUUUGGAGGCAAUUCUUUCGACCCAUCCACCUUUGUCACUCACCUCUUCAAUCAGUUCAACGACUCAGGUCCUUCGAACGAUGACUCUGGGAAUAAGGCCAGAUCAUCUAGAAACGAAGAUCACACUCCUGAAGCCGACAUUUUUGACACUGAGUCAGCAUACGUGGUUCACAUCUCCCUUCCUGGCGCUAAGAAGGAAGAUGUCGGUGUGAACUGGGAUGCUGAGAAAAGCGAGUUGAGCGUCGCUGGUGUUAUAUACCGUCCUGGAAACGAAGAGUUCUUGAAGACACUUACUGUUGACGAGAGGAAGGUGGGCGCUUUUGAGCGGAAGAUUCGUCUAGGAACGAGAGUCAAUCCUGCAAGCAUUGAUGCUGAUGGCAUCACUGCCAAGUUGGAGGACGGUGUAUUGAGGAUUGAAGUGCCCAAGCUAGACUCGGGCUAUGUGGAGAUCCGCAAAGUGGAUAUUGAGUAG